UGCUACAUGCUCCCCGGAUUUCCGGACGUGUCCAGACUUUGUUUGUGACCGGAUGGAACAGGAUCAUCCCGAGCUGUGUCCGCAGGACUGCGCUUACGAAAUAUUUGGACUUGCGCGGAUGAAUGAAGAUCCCACCCCUGCCCGAGGUGUGGGUGCUGCGGCAGGACCGUGUCACUGUGGAUCCCCACGGAGCUGUAUCUGUGCGCCAGGCAUAACGGGAGACGCAAGCAUUCCCUCCAUCAAGACACCGGAAGGUACACAACAGCCAACAAGGGCUCCAGAUAACGUUAUCCACAAAGACGCGACUGGUAAAAAUAUAUCUCCAGAAGAAACACGACCGAGAAUGUCGACAUGUUCCUUCGGCUGUCAGUUGGCGAUCGGGCUGGGAAUGACUGCUGCUGUAGCGGCCGUCAUAGCUGGCGCCAUUUUGUCUCGCCGGUUUCGUAAGGCUCCUCCACGUGACGUCCAGGAGAACGAAGAUACUCCAACCUUUGCCGUCCCGUCCAUGUAUGUCAACAGCACCUACAGAUACCGGCGUCCUUCUCUUUGGGACCCGUUAUUCCCCGACACAGUCGCCAGUGGGGGAUAUUACCCUUUAUCUUGGGUAGAUUACGCUUCUGCAUCCGAGAUGCGUGAUCUCAUCUCAGAACUGGAGCUCCUGUCGCAAGUGUCGCAUCCUAACAUCAUCAAGCUUAUCGGGGCCUGCACAGAGCACGGACCAGUCUACGUCAUAGUGGAAUAUGCGAGACACGGUUGUCUGAGGGACUUUCUCCGAAGUAAAAGAAAAGAUGCCGUACUUUUCUUGGAUGACGACUACCCGAACUUGAACAGUGACGAUGACGGUCUGAUGCCGAAGGACUUACUGUCCUUUGCGUGGCAGAUCACCAAGGGCAUGCAGUACCUAGCUGAAAUGAAGCUGGUACACCGGGACCUGGCUACCCGUAACGUGCUGGUGACGGACAGGUUAGUCAUGAAGAUAUCAGACUUCGGGCUGACCAGAGACGUGUACGAGGAAGACGCCUACAUGAAGAAAAGCAAGGGACGUGUACCGGUGAAAUGGCUGGCGAUUGAGUCACUGUUCGACAACGUCUACACCACGAAAAGUGAUGUGUGGGCGUUUGGAGUACUCCUUUGGGAAAUCGUCACAUUGGGCGCCACUCCCUACCCAGGCAUCCCGCCCGAGCGCGUGUGUGAGCUGCUAAAGACUGGCUUCAGGAUGCUCCGACCAACUGGCUGCAACGAGGAACUAUAUGCUAUCAUGUUGAAGUGCUGGCAGGAGAACUCCGGGGCGAGACCCUCAUUCGCUGAGCUGUGUACCGAGCUAGACUAUAUGCUGUCCAAGAACAGGGAAUACCUCGCCAUUGUUCCCGACUCCACCAUGGUCUCCGACGUCAAGGACGGCGACGUCAAUCAAUGGGUAGCGGAUUCGCUCGCUCACAUUCAGCGCGAAGCUGGGCUGUAUCCCCCUGAAAACGAAGGAAUGGUGCCUUAUGAAGAGCUAGCCCUCACCUCUGAAGGAAACUCUGACAUCAGCAGCGAUCCUGACGGUCUACUAACGCCCUCUUGCGGAAGUGAAGACAACUACGAGUUGCCGACAAGCUCAACUGCCGUGUGAUCUGUGAAGCUAUUUCUCACGUUCGGCAAGAGGGUUGUGUGCCUAAAGAGACAAGCUGGCCGUUAUAACCUUCCUGGCACGUUUGACCACUUUUAAGAUAAUGUGUCUAUAAGAUCACGUGUCUAUAACUCUCGCGAGUUUACGUUUUGCAUGAUUGAUCCUGAACACGUUGACAGUGACAGUUGAAGAUGUGAUCCGUGUAGCACGUCACCGGAACGUACUGCGCCUGCGCGAACCCUGGUGUUUGGGGGCU